AUGACGGGCCAAGCUUUCAAAUUGGUAGUUUUAUGGAUGCUAGUGGUUGUGGUUGAGUCGAAAAAAAAUUAUUUUAUAGAUUUCGUCACAGAUUUUCUGGACAGGCAGCAUACUCCCACCAAUGUGAACUCCUAUCUUUGUUGGGAUAAAAAUGAAGUCCUCCUAUUUUACACAAAAUUAUGGAAUAGUAAUUAUAGGGUGAGAUUUUUUACCCCAAAUGGUUCUCUCAUUGAUGCAUCACCCUUCAAAGAACAUCAAUUAAUCUUGAUUGAUCUAAGCUGUGAUGGCAUUGAAAACAUUUUACAAAAAGCUGAUGAUGAAUUUCUCUUCAAACAACCUUAUCGUUGGAUAGUUUUCGGAAACGCAUCAACUGUGGUUCAAAAAAAUUUGAAUAUAGGUGUGGACAGUCAGUUCUUCGUUAUAGAAGAAACGGCCGGAAUUUUCAAAGUCACAGCUCAUUAUAAAUAUUCAAGAGAAUCAAAACAAUUCAAUAGUGAACCGAUAGCAUUAUGGGAGAAGGACAACGGAUAUCUGUUCUACAACAAUCUUGUUGUUGGAAGGAAUCGAACAAAUUUGAAUGGAUUGACAUUGAAAAUAUCAUAUGUACUCACGAAUAAGAAGUCAGAGAAACAUUUAUGGGAUUACAGGGAGAGACAUGUUGAUACCAUCAGUAAAUUGAAUUAUCUACUGAUUCACCACUUGACCGAUUUCACGAAUGCCACCAGACAGUUCAUCGUGCAACCUAGCUGGGGAUAUAAGCAGAAAAACUCCUCAUUCUACGAUGGCAUGGUCGGGGACUUACAAAAAGGAAUCGCUGAUUUAGGAGGUACAGCUUCAUUCUUCACCUACGACAGGGUUGCAGUCGUGGACUACAUAGCAGCAACUUACAAGACAUACAUGAAAUUCAUUUUUCGUUCUCCCCCCCUAUCAUAUGUUUCCAAUUUAUUUGCCCUUCCUUUCAACAUCUACGUUUGGUACUCUUGCGUUGGCAUUCUAAUUUUGACCUGCAUCGCCAUAUAUCUCGUGUUAUUAUGGGAAUGGAAAGAUCCUUCUUUCAGGAAGAACUUUAUAGAUGUCGGAAAUGAUUCCAUGAGACCGUCAGUGGCUGAGGUUGUACUUUUGGAGAUAUCCGCCAUAACACAGCAAGGAUCUCCUGUGGAACCCAAGAGUUUGUCCGGUAGGAUCGCCACCAUUAUCAUUUUUAUAGCCGUCAUCUUCUUGUACACGUCUUAUUCGGCUAGCAUUGUCGUUUUGCUGCAAAGCACGACAGACAGUAUAAGGACUCUGGAGGAUUUGUUGAAUUUCAGGAUAAAACUAGGCGUAGAGGAUAUCGUGUAUGCUCAUUACUAUUUCAAGACAGCUAAAGAACCUACAAGAAGGGCAAUAUACGAACAGAAGAUAGCUCCAAAAGACCAAAAACCCAACUUUAUGUCAGUGCAAGAAGGAAUCAAGAGGGUUCAAAACGAAUUUUUCGCUUUUCAUGUAGAGCUUUCGACAGGCUACAAGGUGAUUAGUGAUUUGUUCAGAGAAAAUGAAAAAUGUGGCUUGCAAGAAAUCACCUUUGUUAAUUUGAUAGAACCAUGGCUGCCAAUCCAGAAAAACUCCAACUAUAAAGAAAUAAUGAAAGUGGGGAUGAGGAGGAUCCACGAACAUGGAUUGCAGCAUAGAGAAGCGACCAGGAUCUACACCAGAAAACCACCAUGCAGAGUCAGCCAUGGAAAUUUUGGCAGUGUCGGCCUAAUCGAUUGCUACUUUGCUUUUAUCAUAUUUGGGGUGGGAUCUAUUUUUACACUCGUAGUAUUAGGAACAGAGGUACUGCUCUUGAAGUAUAUCGAUAGAAAGAAAAGAUCAUCACCAUUCGAAGUUGGUAAUGGUCGAUAG